AUGACCGACCGACCGUAUCCGACCGAGUCCGCCCGAUCGGGAUGCCCGACCGACCGACGCGACCGACCCGACGCGACGGGACGGACCGCACCCAGACCGCCCGAAUCCGACCCGACCUGCCCGACGGAUAUGCCCGAUCCGACCGACCAGAACCGCCCGACGGACGACGCGCCCCGACCGCCCGACCGACCGACCGCCCUGACCACCGACGCGCCCGGCGCCGCCCGACGGACUGUGCCGCGAAGCCGCGCCGUAGACCGACCGACGCAGGCUCCGCCCCAGCCGCGACGGACUGCCUCGACCCGCUCCGACCUGGACGACCCGACCGACCGAAGCGGAGCGAACCCGACGGCGACCUGA